ACACCGCUUGUUGGGAAUCCGUUAUUUCCAGCGACGACGCCAUUUCCAGCUUCCAUGCCGGUCAGAAACAGGAGAAGAGGAGUAUAGAAGGCGAAACACCCCCGGGCUUCUCUGCAGGCUGUCUGUCACGGUUCACCACUUUCUUCGUUUUUGGAUUUUGAGCUGGCCGACGAUAUAUACAACUGGACACUGGACGAUAUAUUCGUCUGCUCUUGGCUGCUGUUUGCAGCCUUACAGAGUUUGGAGUGCGAUUUUGAGGAGGAAAAAGAAAGAAAGAGAAAGCAAAGAGAUAUGACGAUCAACUAUUUGGGGGAGGACGAAUGGCCGGUGGAAGAGAUUGUCUAUACGGCCAUCGUGGGCCUGGUCAUGCUCGCGGCAUGUCUCGAGUGGUUUCUCUGGAUUGCCGCGUUCAUGUACUGUCUCUGGAAAGUAUUUGUGAAGGCAGAGCACUGGACGGUUAGAGUGUUGUCGGUGAUAAUAGGGAUUGCGUUCAUGUUGCUGAGAUGUAUCUUCCUACCCAUCAUGAUCGUCACCCUCCCACUUCCCAGCCAAGUCGUCAAAGUCUGGCCAACAGCCAUGGUCAGCUUCCUACAAUGGUUCGCCUUCUACAGCUUCGCCGGCCUGCUCACCAUCCCCUGGCUCUUCUGCGUCUACCAAAUCGUCACCCACCAGCUCGGCCGGACCAAACGCAUCAAGCAAGUCCUCGACGAAGUGUCCGCGCCCAAAGUCGUCAUCGUCAUGCCCUGCUACAAAGAAGACCCCGAAGUGCUCGUGACGGCCAUCGACUCGGUCGUCGACUGCGACUACCCACCCUCGUGCAUCCACGUCUUCCUCUCCUUCGACGGCGACCAAGAAGACGAGCUAUACCUCAACACGAUCGAGAAACUGGGCGUCCCCUUAACCUUGGAAUCCUACCCCAAAUCGAUCGACGUCGCCUACAAGAACGCGCGCAUCACCGUCUCCCGUUUUCCGCACGGCGGGAAAAGGCACUGCCAAAAGAUGACCUUCAAGCUGAUCGACCGCGUGUACCGCGAGUACCUGAAGCGCAACGACAACCUGUUCAUUUUGUUUAUCGACUCGGACUGCAUCCUCGACAAGGUGUGCCUGCAGAAUUUCGUCUACGACAUGGAGCUCAGCCCGGGCAACCGGCGCGACAUGCUGGCCAUGACGGGGGUGAUCACCUCGACCACGCAGAAACACAGCUUGAUCACCCUGCUGCAGGACAUGGAGUACAUCCACGGGCAGCUGUUCGAGCGCACCGUCGAGUCCGGGUGCGGCGCCGUCACUUGCUUGCCGGGCGCCCUGACCAUGCUCCGGUUUUCUGCCUUCAGGAGAAUGGCAAAGUACUACUUCGCCGACAAGGCCGAGAACUGCGAAGAUCUGUUCGACUACGCCAAAUCGCACUUGGGCGAGGACCGCUGGCUGACGCACCUGUUCAUGAUCGGAGCCAAGAAGCGGCACCAGAUCCAGAUGUGCACGUCCGCCUUCUGCAAGACCGAAGCCGUCCAGACGAUGGGAUCGCUGAUCAAACAGCGGCGCCGGUGGUUCCUGGGCUUCAUCACCAACGAAGUCUGCAUGCUGACGGACUGGCGGCUGUGGAAGCGGUACCCGAUCCUGAUCCUGGUGCGCUUCAUGCAAAACACCAUCCGCACCACGGCUUUGCUCUUCUUCAUCAUGGUCCUUGCCCUGAUCACCACGACCAAGAAGAUCGACGACCUCCCCGUCGGCUUCAUUGCCAUUUCGUUGGGACUCAACUGGCUGAUGAUGAUCUACUUCGGCGCCAAGCUCCGCCGCUUCAAGAUCUGGCUCUACCCCAUGAUGUUCGUCCUCAACCCCUUUUUCAACUGGUACUACAUGAUCUACGGCAUCUUCACCGCCGGCCAGCGCACAUGGGGCGGCCCGCGCGCCGACGCCGCAGCAGCCGACUCGACCACCACCGCGCAGGAAGCCAUCGAGAUCGCCGAGAAAACGGGUGACGACCUCAACAUCGUGCCCGAAUCCUUCAUCCCCGCUGCCCAAGAGCGCAAGGGCAUCUUCGCCGGCUCGGCGGAAGACAAGGGCUUCACCACCGGCACUAGCACCGGCGGCCUCGGCCGCUCCAAGAGCAUCCUCCAACCGCCUGACAAACUGGUCGGCAAGUUCGCUGCGCCCGAGCGCUCUGCGAAUGGGUUGUAUCAGCACUUUGACGAUUCAAUGGCUUCCGUCAGCUUGUUUGCCCACGCUGGCGGAUCCUCGUUGAUGCUUCCCACCGUAGCCGGCUCCGCUACCACUAGCAAGCGACACCACCAGCAGUAUCAACAUCAGUAUCAACACCAACAUCAGCUCCAAUACCGUGACUCCUUCGAUAGUACCUUCUCCGCUCACACCACCGGGGGAAACAGCAUGUCAGUGUACAUGCCCCGUCGCGUAGAGAGUAUCAUGGGCGAAGAAGACCGGAGGAAGUACGAGCUUGCGCAGGCUAGCUCUGGACACCUGGUCGGCAACCCUACCCGUGUCCUGGGGCAACAACAACAACCGCCUCCUGGUCAGGUUUAUGAGUUUUCGGAGUCUGAACUAAGAAGAGCUGGGUUUUAUACCGACUCCGCGCCGGAGUAUGGACGACCGGCACUCCCCUCGCCGUCACCACCGCAUCGCAGGCUGGCGAGCAGUGACAGCUUUGACUCCGUUGGGCGGCCUGCUGCUUCUCCUACCCCCUAUCAGGAUUAUGGGUACGGGCAAGAAGGAUACGGACAAAGGCAACAAGGAGGAGGGUCGUUGUCUGUGCCUAUGCCACCUACUCCGAGCGGAACAGGCCAUCAGCAACAGCGAACGGGUAGGAGUCCCCUGGGCAGAGCGAGUUGGGUGAGGACGUCGACUAUGGAUCAGGUGGAGAGUGAGAUUGAGGCGUCACAUGGCGGGACAGGUGGGUUUUCUGAUGCUCCUGGCCAUGGAAGGAGAGGGGGGUAG